AUCCCAUAGUCUAGCUGCUCCACGUUUGGGGAUGACGUCAGGAGACCGCUCCAGGACUUUAGAAACAAUCAGACAGUAGAGUACCAAUAUGAAUACCCUUAGCCUCACUCGGUCCGGUAUAACAGUUUUCGUCAGUUUAGUCAUUUGCAGCAUUUGUACCGUGAAUGGAGAUUACUGCAAGGUGAACCUGUGUCAUAAUGGAGGGACAUGUGUGACUGGCAUUGGAGAAGAUCCCUUCUUCUGCGUCUGUGCUGAAGGAUUUGCUGGAGAUACUUGCAAUGCCACCGAGAAUGGUCCUUGUAUUCCAAACCUGUGUAAAAAUGAUGGGACAUGUGAGGUGAUCGCUAACUCCAGAAGAGGAGACGUUUUUAAUGAAUAUGUGUGCAAAUGCCAACCUGGGUUUGAAGGUGCACACUGCCAUAUCAAUGUGAAUGACUGUGCAAACCAGCCUUGUAAGAAUGGAGGCCUGUGUCAUGAUCUGGAUGGGGACUACACCUGCCACUGCCCUUCUCCAUACGUUGGGAAGCAAUGCCAGCUACGCUGCAUAUCUCUGUUGGGGAUGGAGGAAGGUGGAAUCAUAGAGUCCCAGAUCUCGGCUUCCUCUGUACACUCUGGCAUUCUGGGGCUGCAGCACUGGGGACCGGAGCUCGCACGCCUCAAUAACCAGGGCCUUGUGAAUGCCUGGAGCUCCGCACCCCAAGACAAGAACCCCUGGAUUGAGGUUAACAUGCAGAAGAAGAUGCGUCUCACUGGAAUCAUCACCCAAGGAGCCAGCCGCAUGGGGACAGCUGAGUUUGUCAAGGCUUUCAAGGUUGCAUCCAGCUUUGAUGGCAAAUCAUACUCAGUGUACAGAGUAGAUGGCCAGAGAAAAGGCAAAGUGUUUUUGGGAAAUACAGAUAACGAUGGAACUAAGACAAACAUGUUUGACCCUCCCAUUGUGACCCAGUAUAUUCGCGUCAUUCCUGUGGUGUGCCGUACAGCUUGUACUCUCCGGAUGGAACUUGUGGGCUGUGAGCUUAAUGUGCACUCCAGAACAAUUGGUUGCACCGAUCCGCUGGGCAUGAAGUCCCGUCUCAUCUCUGACGUGCAGCUUACAGCAUCUAGUAGCUUCCGCACCUGGGGUAUUGAUGCCUUUACCUGGUACCCCUUCUACGCUCGCCUGGACAAACAAGGCAAGACUAACGCUUGGGCGGCAGCGAGCAACAACCGCUCAGAGUGGCUCCAGGUGGCUUUGGAGAAACCUAAAAGAAUCACAGGCAUCAUCACUCAGGGAGCAAAAGACUUUGGAGUUGUGCAGUUUGUUUCAGCCUUCAAGAUUGCAUACAGUGAUGAUGGACAAUCUUGGAGCAUUGUGAAGGAUCAAAUAAUGAGAACAGAUAAGAUUUUCCAAGGCAACAUAGACAACAACACACACAAAAAGAAUUUGUUUGAGCCUCCGUUCUUUGCCCGAUUUGUGCGCUUUCAGCCCUGGGAGUGGCAUGAGCGAAUAACUGUACGCAUGGAGCUGCUGGGCUGUGAUGAUUAGUGGACUUGCUGAAGGCUGCACACUGCCACUCUCUGCACUUGUUUCACCUGAAGUGUGUCUGCUGGUUGUAGCUGAUGUUUUGUUUCAGUAUGCAUUAGCUUCAUCUGUAUUGCUUUGUAUUUUAUUGUUAAUCAAUGCCAUUAUUUUGAUGUACUUUGAAAAGGCCUUUGGGCACAGUGAUGAUUUUAUGAAGU